AUGGCGUGCGAUUUAGAGAUCAUUGAGCAGAAGGAGAGGGAGCAGCCCAACGUGGUCAUUCAGUUGAAUUCGCUGGGGCUGGACGAGCUCAUAUCACUGACGUUGAAGCUGGAGGAGGAAUGGAAGCUAAUAAAAAAGAAUUACGCCAUAUUGGAAGGCGCAGUGGUGACGUACGACAAGUGCAAAAACUCCGUUGAGCAAUUAAACCCUAGCAAGUUCGAAGCAAAAAAUUUCAAUGCCUUUAUGAAUGAGCUGGAGCGAUCUGAAUUGAUUAAACUUUGUAAUAGGGAACAGACUUCUGGCAGGAGACUUCUCAGCGAAGGUGCAGAGGCCAGUGCAAAGGACAGCCUGCAGCACCUCGACACCUUGAUCGACCAGAUCGACAUUAACAAGAAGGAUGAAGAGAAAAAGGCGCUAGAUGUACACAUCCCCCUCACGUCCCUAGUUUACAUCCCGGGCAAAAUCGUGGACACGGAAAACUUCCUCAUACGCAUGGGGACCAACUACUACGUGCAGAGGAACGCCAAGCAGACCAUCGAGUACUUCAAUAAUAAAAUAAGCAAGCUAAAUGAACAAAUAAAAAAACUCAAAAUUACACUUAUAGAAAAAAAAAACGAAAUAGACCUUUGCAAAAAUUACAUUCAGCUGAAGAGGCAGAUGCAAAUGACUGCCGCAGGAGCUGCCACUGCGGGGGCAAAUGCGAAUGUGCAGCAGGGCACUCCGCGCACUGCCAAUCCGUAG